AUGCAGACUCGAGAGGGAUCCAACAAGGAUUCCGAGGAGUCGGGCGCUGAGACCGAGAGCCGUGCCAGGACAAAAUACCAGCGCACGUCGCUCGCCGCCGACAAUGACUCGUUUUCAUUCCGCAAGCCCACCGCCCCUGCCUCGGCCAGUCGCCCACAGCAACCGCAGCACCAGCGCAAGUCGACGCUGAAGGAGAACAGAGUGCCUCUGCUGGGACCGCGGCCUUUCGAAUCGCCGAACAAGAGCAAGAGGUUUGAUGUCUGGCCAAUGAUGACAGGAUUGGCACUGAAGCAGAACAGGAUUGCCAGCGACAGCAACGCCGCCAGGGAAGCUGCUGCCCGUCGCAACUUCCUCCCGAACAGUUCGAGCGAGCCCAACUUCGACAAACCUCAAGUCCCGCUUCAGGCCCCAUCGUCCCACUCCCAAUUCCAGGACCAGGCACAGCCCUCGGCCGUCCAGCCAACACAGAUCCAAACACGGCAGCUACGCUCCAAAGACAGUCGAUUCAGCUUUGGCGAGCCCGAGAAUGCAAACUCGCCCACGCCGCCCUCGUUCGACUUCCUUCCGCCUGUCAACUUUGACGACUUUCAGACAAGCAUUGCCUCGUACGACUCGGCCAAGUCCAAAGCGAGAAACGUCCCUCAGAGCAUCAAGGCUUCAAUAAAUUCGAAGCCCCAACCCAUGACUGUCACCCAGCGAGAAUCUUCCGUGCCCAAUUUCAACCAACUCUCGGCCACUGCUUCGAACCAGCUGCAGACCUCGGCCUCAACUUCGGUCUUGCCAGUGCGCGCGAGAAGAGGAAGCCAGUCAGGCCCUGGAGCCCCCGCCAUAACUGCCUCUGGAAUCACCGCACGAGUAACACGCAAACCCAUGGCGCCGCAGCUGGACAAGAAACCACAAUCUGACCUCUCUCGCACUCCUUCGAUCCCGACAAAUGUUCGCAAAACACAAGGCGGAACGCCGCAGCCUUCCUCAAUCGAUACCUCCUUUGCCGCUCCUACUCGCUCCUCCAAAGCAAAGUCACUACAGCCCCUGCCUCGAUCUGCCACCUUGACCGAUCUUCCACAACCCGAGCAACGCCGUUCCGUCAAUGUCAAAGUUACCAACAGAUCUAAGACCCCGAGGACCGAUACACCCUCAGACAAGAGAAAGUCAGGAAGGAUGAGCGGCCUUGGAGCCAGAACAAUCAGUCCUACCGAUGCUCGUAGGCUUCGCAGGAUGUCAACCAAGCAACUCCCUCCUUCGCCGUCAAAGGAAUCCACGCACGCCCGCUCGCCCUCGGCCACUCCCCGUAGACCCGCCUUGACACCUUUAUCGAACAGGGCGACUCCCGAGGCUUCAAACAGAAUGGCACCCCCGCCAAACCUCAAUCUGUCGAGGACACCGAGUUACCAGUCUCUCCGCGCUCCGAGUGCUGGUCAAGGGAAGAUUGGUCAAAGCUCUUCGACUUCGAAACUACCCACUCCUAAGAGCCGGAAUCUUUACAGCGCUGCAGAAAGACGUGAUGAUGAGGAGAUGGUUCCGCCUGUGCCUGCCAUACCCAAAGCUUACGAGUCACCGAAGGACCUGAUAGACAUACCCUUUUUCUCUGGUCUCAAGACUCCUCUGUCUGGCAAUGUCGAUAACGAAAGCUCCGCUCUACCAAUACCCGCCCGACGUGGAGACAACUCUACUGCAUCCGACCCAAGCCAAACUCAGCACCGUAGAGGCCUCACAUUAAAUAACGGAACAAGCGUCGAGACUCCGUCGGCCAUGCCUGCAGUUAACAAGAAGACUCUCCAACCAUUACGCCUUCCUCCUCUUAAUCUCCUCCCACUCUCAACCCCUACUACGGCAAGAAUCAACUCCUAUCCUGCUCCGUCUCAAGAAGUCGAUACACGGGGUACUACGCCUCCUUUCAAGCGCAAUGCUGCCAAAACACCCAGCACUCCCAUGACAGCUUCGAAAGCAACCUUCUACAGGCGCCAGGAAGAAGAAUCUGCCAUGCCACUCAGCGCACGUAGUAACAGUACUCAGCCUGGUGCUCGUCGUCAAGCCAUCACUCCGUUCACCUCGGGCUCAUUACCCAAGCCCAAGUCCAAAUAUACCCAACCUCCGAGACUACCGGACGAGUUCACUCUGGGCAAUCACAACGCCGAGUCCCUUGCUUCCAAGCCAAUGGGUCCAAGACCACGAGCUGUGUCUAAGUCAGUCAAGGAAACCGCAUCGAUCCACACAGUGUCUUCUACAGAAGAUGCCGAACAACCACUACCUUCUGCUGCCUCAGGCCUGCGUCGCAAAUUGAGCUUGGGAUGGCGUAAGACGCCGCCUAAAGCAUCAAACACCUCUAACGCAGAGCCCCUCAAGCUCCAGACCAACAAGUACGACGAUAUGCCUCCACCGAAGAUUCCUGCAUCUGCAACAUGGAGUACCGAUAGUCCCAUUUCCACAUCUAGCAGUGGCCGUCCCUCCUUCGAAAGCACAAAGCUUGAGAGCCACAGGAGCAAGGCAUCUAUCUCUUCUGCUAACAAGGUGCCCCAGCUUGAGUCUGCUUCAGCUGCUAAGCCUCUACUUCCAAGCAAUAUUGCAGUUCGCCAGCCUCAGACGAGCACUACUUCAGUGCCACAGCCUGCAGCACCGCAGAAUCAACGUUCUACAUCGUGGUCAAUCCUUGGCAGCAUGAACCGCUCCCUAGGCGCAAGAACUACUCCACCUCAACCCAAGCCUAGAACAAUCAAUGCCUUACAUCUGGACAAGGAUGAUAUCGCCGCAAACGAUGAGAUGAGAAAGUUGUCUACAAAGAGGCGCGAUAUCGAUGUGGCCGCUCGUGAAACCGAAGAGUUGCGCAAACGUGCUACCCAAAAGGAGAGGAUGACUCCUGCGCAAGCUAUCCAAUCGUCAGCUGGACUUCUGAACAUUUACGAGAAGGGAGAGAUCAUUGACUACAAGGAUGGCGUCUGGUUCUGUGGCUCGAAACAAGCAAAGAAACAUGUUGGAGACAUAUCUGCUGCUGGAACGACAAACUUUGGUUAUGACGAUGAAAGAGGCGACUAUAACCUUGUCAUGGGUGACCACCUAGGAUACCGCUACGAAGUCAUUGAUGUUCUUGGUAAGGGAAGUUUCGGACAGGUCGUGAGGUGCAUUGACCACAAGCUCGGCACUCUUUGUGCUGUGAAGAUUAUUCGCAAUAAGAAGCGAUUCCAUCAGCAAGCUUUGGUUGAGGUCAACAUCUUGCAAAAACUCAAGGAAUGGGCCAAUGCAACACUCACGAUCACAUCAUCUUUCUACUUCCGAAACCAUCUUUGCAUCACAUCGCCUUCGCUCAGCAUCAACCUUUACGAAUUUAUCCGAACUCACAACUUCUCUGGCUUUUCAAUCCAACUCAUUCGCCGUUUCGCACGCCAGAUACUCUCAUGUCUAUGCCUGCUUCAAUCUAAAAGAAUCAUCCACUGCGAUCUCAAACCGGAAAACAUACUUCUCUGCGACCCUCGCCGAGCUGAUGUGCGAGUCAUUGACUUCGGAAGUUCUUGCAAAGCAGACGAGAAGGUGUACACGUACAUCCAGUCACGUUUCUACCGUUCACCUGAGGUCAUUCUUGGAAGCGACUAUGGUCUGGGAAUCGAUAUGUGGAGUUAUGGAUGCAUUCUUGCGGAGCUCUUCACUGGAUACCCUAUCUUCCCUGGCGAGAACGAGCAGGAGCAACUUGCGUGUAUCAUGGAAAUUUUCGGCCCUCCUGCUCGGGACAUUAUCGAAAAGGCCUCACGGAGAAAGCUUUUCUUCGAUUCAUCACUCAAGCCUCGUGUUACGGUAUCGAGUAAAGGCAGAAGGAGACGACCUAGCAGCAAGACUCUUAGUGGUGCCAUUAAGUGUGAUGACGAAGCUUUCCUGGACUUCCUCUCUCAAUGUCUUCGUUGGGACCCCGAGAAGCGUCUGCGUCCGGAUCAGGCCGUGUCUCACCCCUUCAUCACCAAUGAGCCAUUCAGAAAAGCUGGACCUGUCAGUUCACGAACAAGAACUGCAACCUCGGCUGCGUCGUCAACCACGACAACAGCGUCACAAUCUCCCAUCAAGCGGGCGCAACCAACGAUUCCGACCAUUCCGGCAUUCUCAUCGCAAGCAACGGCGGCGACUUCUCGCGCGCGUCCUCUUCCAGAUACCCCAAAUACAGCUGCGCGUAACGGAAACGCAGUGACCCCUAAUGUCAAUAACCUCAUGAAUCAGGCAACUAAGCCUGCAAGCGCGGGCAGGCGACAGAGCUUAGCACCCUCCUUGCAGCCGACUAUCAGUGCGCCACCGCCUCAGGUAUCGAUCAGCCAAGCCAUGGCUGGUAGCAAACGAGCCAGCAACGGUGCACUGUUGGCACAACAAUACCAUCAAAUGAGUCCGUACGGUGGCCUUGGUGUCAGUGGCUCGUCGACCUCCAGCAGUGGUCUGCCACGCUCCGUGAGCGGAAAAGUCGACCUCGCAAGUGCGGCAGCGAGAGAAAGUAUGGGAGCCACUGCACGGUGGAGGUGA